AUGAGCAUUCCCGACCUGGUACAGAUAUACUUGUCACUCAUUCGCCCAGUCCUCGAGUAUGGACACGUUUUGCUGGUCGGUUGCAACGAGGAACUGUCUACCAGUUUCUGUGUGAAAACCAAGGCAGACAAUGAGCAGAAAGUGUUCAUCAAUGUCUGCACAGCUGAAGAGGUCCCUGAGCCCAGGGAUAUCAAUGAGGAGGAGCUGAGAGAGAUUCUGGAGUCAGAGGAUGCUGGGAAAUAUCGCGUCAGUAUGAGUAUCGGGGAGCCGCACACAGAAGUGGACAAAGGUGGAAAAGGCUGUACAGCAUAUGAUGUGAUAGUCAAUCCAAACUUUUACAACAAAAUGCAGAAACAAGACAUCUUCAAGGCCUUCUUCCUAGUGGUUUGUCUGGAGGGACUGGAACAAAAGUACCAAAUGCUUCUCAGUAGAAACUACACCAUCUUGAAGAACAGAAGAUGUCUUGGUGCUCUUCAAGAACAGUUCCUCCGGACAAAGUCUAAACCUUUCAUCCAUGAGAUGGACAGGGACAAGUCUUCAUCUCUCAUUUCUGAAGUUGAAUCAACAGAAACCAGAAUACCAGAGCCAGAGUACACAAUCAUCAAAGAACCAGCAGACGGCUACCCAGAAUUCCUGGUGGCAGAAUUCAAACUACCUGCUGUGAGAUCUGUGAAAUUUUUGACCUUGGAUGUUGGUGAGGACAGAAUAGUCCUGGGUGCACGGCCUGACCUCUACCAUCUGGACAUCUUUCUACCUUAUAACAUCAACCAGGAAGAGUCUGGGGCACAGUUCAACCAAAAAACUAGGACCUGGUGA